AUGAAGAUCUCUCUCUUUGUCAUUGCGGCCCCAGUCGUCCAGGCUGCGGUCUCUUACAUGGCCGCUGUCCCCGAGUCUCUCAUGUCCAAGGUACAAUCCUCCGACUGUACUCUCCCCGACGACUUCGAGAUCCAGAACUUUGCCGCCGAAUCACCGGACGGCGGCAAGACAAUCGAGUCCCUGGCCUUCAACUUCAACGACGACAGUACCAUCGUCAGCACGUCGUGCCAACUCAAUGCCUCAUCAAUGCCUGUGGCCGGCGAUGGCCGUACGGCACGGUACGCCUGCGACGAUGCGCGCGUGCAGUUCAUCUGGCGGAACGGGACCACUACUGUGAUUGAGAAGGUCUGCCCCGGCGAAGACGGUGCCGCCGACUACGAGGUGUCAGGAACGGCCCUCGUUCCGGUGGUAUGCGACGGGGCUGCCGGGAACGGAACGGCUACCGCUCGUCACAGGCGCAGCAAGAGCAGGAGGGCCGUUGCGUGCAAGUCCAACUCGGAUAACAUCCGAUCCAGGUUCUUCAGCAUCCAGCCUGUUCCAGGCGGCGGCGAUGAGUAG